AUGACCACCAUACGAUGGACCGAACCGCGAAUACCGAUAUCUAGCACAGCCUCACAUCAGCUGGCCACAUCAGCGUCGCUAGCUUACACUUCAGCUACACCCACAGGAGGAUUCGAAGAUUCAACAUUUGUUCUGGUGGUCUCCUCUUAUGCAAAAGACAUUGAGAAACGCCAGCUGGGCUCUGUCUACAUUUCUGGCAACGGAACUAUUUCCAACGAUUGCACGACGUCGCCCAUCUACGCAAUCACCGCUGGCGUUCUGACGGCGAUUGUGAACAGCGUCUCAUACACUUACUCAACCACACCUGGUGUAGCAUUCGCACCAUUCAAUCCUUCCACGAUUCCCGGACCGAUAACGACCACCUUCACAUUGGCCGCAGGCGGUGCUCUGACUUGGUUCAACCCUCUCUUCUUCAACGGACAGGCACAGUUUUGUGCGCUUCCAAAUGGUACUGUAUAUGCCGUGUUUCAACAGAAUGCACAACCCGAAGGAUGUCUAUACAUUAGCUUGAGUCUAUUCUCAGCUUCGAGCUGUCAGGGUCUUUCGCUGUCAUCGAUCAGAGGACCAACUGGACCGACGGGACCCACUGGUAUUGCAGGAGCCACUGGACCGCAGGGCAUACAAGSAAUUCAAGGUGUUCAAGGGGCGACGGGUCCUACGGGAAUAACAGGAGCAACAGGACCGCAGGGUGUUCAAGGCAUUCAAGGCGUUGAAGGACCGACGGGUCCUACGGGUGUCGCAGGAGCUACAGGACCGCAAGGCAUUCAAGGCAUUCAAGGUGUGCAAGGAAUUMAAGGAAUCCAAGGCAUUCAAGGACCAACGGGUCCUACAGGAUCGCAAGGUAUUCAAGGUUCGACGGGUCCUACAGGCGUUGCAGGAGCUACAGGAUCACAGGGCAUUCAAGGCAUUCAAGGAAUUCAAGGUGUCCAAGGUGUCCAAGGAAUUCAAGGUUCGACGGGUGCAACCGGUGUGGCAGGACCGACAGGGACGCAAGGUAUUCAAGGCAUUCAAGGUGUACAAGGAAGCGUUGGUGCGAGCGGUGCACCAGGUAUUCAGGGUAGUCAAGGCGCCACGGGAUCACCAGGUAUUCAAGGCAUUCAAGGUGUGCAAGGAAGUGUUGGAGCUACCGGUCCACCAGGUAUUGCUGGACCUUCUGGACCGACAGGUAUUCCCGGUGCCACUGGCCCCACUGGGAUAGCUGGCGGAACAGGCACAAUUGGACCAACAGGUCCAUCAGGACCUCCCGGUUCAAUCGGUCCUGUUGGGCCUCAAGGAUCGACCGGUGCUACCGGUACACAGGGCCCGAGCGGACCAACAGGACCAUCSGGUCCAACGGGAACGCCGGGCAUCACAUUCGGUUUCCACGGUUGCUACGUUCACACGGGAAAUCGAGGGUCGACGACUGGACUGGCAUUGUCGUCAUUCCAAGCAACAUAUACAACCACCGUCGCCGAGUUGUGUAGAGCUAGAUGCGCUCAAGGAGGAUUCAAUUUCAUGGGAGUAGUGAACGUUGCAGCAACGGCAGAUUGUUGGUGUGGUAAUGCCAUUGCAAUCGUCACGAGUUCAGCCGGAGUUCUGGGUUUGGGGGCCGUUUCUGGUGCUGGAGCAGGCGAUAAUAACUGCUAUCCUUGUGUUGGUGGUGCGCUCGCAGGUGCUACGAGUGGGCAGUGUGGAAACCAGACAUUGACAACAAUGGCGAUCUAUGCCAGAGGGUUCUGA